GUCAGGUCAAGUCAGAAGCGGCAAUUUCAGUAGGUAUCGUUCUCUCACUCUUCCUGGACAGAGGAAAAGCUAGGGUUUUGAACAUCUGCAACUCCACCUCUCCAAUUUUGCAGCCAUGGCGAGCACCAAAGUCCAGAGGAUCAUGACCCAGCCCAUUAACUUGAUUUUCAGGUUUCUUCAGAGCAAAGCUCGCAUUCAGAUUUGGCUCUUUGAGCAGAAGGACUUGAGGAUCGAAGGCCGAAUUAUUGGUUUUGAUGAGUACAUGAAUUUGGUUUUGGAUGAUGCUGAAGAAGUGAGCAUCAAGAAGAAGAGCAGAAAGUCAUUAGGGAGGAUACUUCUAAAAGGAGACAACAUAACGCUGAUGAUGAACACGGGGAAGUGAUUGUUUUUGCUGCGAAUUGAUUAAUUGGGACAAGUUGUGGUUUCAAUUACAUGGAGGUGGAGCGAUGUUGAUUUACUGCUGAAUGUUUAUUUUUAAGUACAAUGUAGCUGGCAUGUAUUACAGCCCUUUAUGUUGAUUUUAUUUCUUCUGAGUAAACCGUCACCGAAACUGCUCUUAUCUCGUUUACUUAUGUAGGGAGAAGGACUAAAUUAAAAACUAUGGUUAUUUUGUAGAGCAUUUAUGUGUUUAUCGGAAAUGAAUUAUGUCUGUCUGUUGAUUGA